AUGGCUUGUGCCAAGGCGGAGGAGGAGCUGAAGAAGGCGCCGCUGACCCCUGACCUGGAAAGCAAGGUCACCAAGAUUAAGGUGUCCAAUGGCGCUGCCAAGUCCCGGCGAGUGGCAGAGCUGUCGGCUAACAAUGAGGGGGCAACAUUUGUCGCUGUGGAAGCAGCCCUCACCACCAUCACCACCAUCACCACCACUGCCUCCACCACCACCACCACCACCACCCGGGCAGCCCCCUCCCUGAGCCAGAUGUCCCCCUGGCUGGUGGCUGACCCCCCCUCCCCCCCGACCACCUCCAACCCCCCCAAGAUGCGUACUGUCAUCACCACUGAGCUGUGAUUGGACAAGAGGGUGCACGAGGCAGCUGAUUGGCCAAUGGAAAGGCUAGGAGGGCCGUGAUUGGCUGGGUGUUUCAAGGAUGCAGCUGAUUGGUGGAAAGAUUUAUGGGAGUUUUUUUUUUUGAGGUUUUUGAUUGGUUGAGAGUAUUAGUGUUUGUGUGUGUGUGUGUGUGUGUGUAUUUAGGUUUGUUUGUUUGUUUGUUUGUUUGUUUUGGGAGCUACAUGUGUGUGUGUGUGUGUGUAAGGUAUCAGUGUAUGUACAACACACACACACACACACACACACACACACACACACACACACACUUGAGCAACAAACAAACAAACAAAUACAAACAAGAAACAUUCCAGUAAAAUCAUUCAUCUCAUUAUGAAAAUAGUGUCAUUAUUAUUAUUAUUAUUAUUAUUAUUAUUAUUGGUUUAUUGUACUUAAGUAACUUAGUUCAUUAUUUUUAUAGAUUUUUGACUGACUGACUGUGUGUGUGUGUGUGUGUGUAUGUGUGUGUGUGUGUGUGUGUGUGUGUGUGUGUGUGUGUGUGUGUGACUGACUGACUAACCAUAUAUAAACAUUCCUUACACACACACACACACACACACACACACACACACACACACACGUUUUUCGAGGGUCCAAUAUUACAACAUUCCCUGCACACACACACACACACACACACACACACACACACACACACACACAUCUUUUCCAAUUCUUUCUUUAUUAUUAUUUUAAAGAAUAUCUCUCUCUCUUUCUCUCUCUCUCUCUCUCUCUGUGCCAAAAUAAAUGUGCAAUAUAUUAUUUUAUCUUGUGUAUGUGUCUGUUUGUCUGUCUAUUAAUUUUUUUAUUUAUUUAUUCCUUUCUUUAUUUUCUCCUUUAUUUUUGUUCGUGAUUAUUUUUAAUUUCCAUUUUAUAUAUAUUUUUUAUUUAUUUUCAUUUAUCAGUUUAUUUUCUUCCUCCUUCAUUUAUUUAUUCAUUUUCAUUUCUCAUUUCCUUUUUUUCACUUCAUUGUUUUUGUUUUUCUUCUCUAUUCCUUGUUAUUUCCCUCAGUUAUCAACAUUUUCAUCAUUAUUAUUUGUUUACUUGUUUAUUUGUUUUGUUUCAUUCCUCAUUCUAUUAUUUCUUUAUUCUUCAAUUAUCCAUAUUUGGCUCAUUAUUAUUAUCAUUAUUAUUAUUAUUUCAUUGUUUUCAUUUCCUUGUUCUUCCUGUUUAUCUAUUUUAUUUAUAUUUAUUCACAUUUGGCUCAUUAUUUUUUGUAUUGUUUUGCAUUUGCUUGUUGUUCCUCUGUUUAUCCAUUAUACUUCAGUUCCUCCAUCAUUAUUCCUUCAUUUCUUUUGCUUUGAUCAACUUUUCCUUGCUCUUUCUGUAUUUUGCCCGUUUUCUUUGUAUUUCUUAAAGUCCUUCCUCUAUUUCGUCCAUUUUCUUCAGUUCCUCCAAUUAUUGCUUCCUUCCCGUGUUCCCUCCUGCGGGUCUCGUCACAAGAUACUCGGCAAGGAGAGAACAACAAAACAAACAAAACAACAACAACAACAACAACAAUAAUAAUAAAGUAGCAAUUAUUAUUAAUUUUUUUUAUAAUUAUUGUUAUUGUUGUUGUAUGUAUGUUUUGAAAUGGUUUUAUUUGGAUUCUCUCUCUCUCUCUCUCUCUGUCCUACACACACACACACACACACACACACACACACACACACACACUGUAUCAUGUACAGCGUAUAUUUUCAUAAGUGGAUGCAUUUUAUAUAUAACAGCGAGUUAUAGUGGAGUUGUAAGUUAUUGGUGGUGUUAUUGUUGUUAUUCUUCUUCUAAGCCAAAUUGUUGAUGAAGAAGAAGAAGAAGAAGAAGAAGAAGAAGAAGAGUGAAUGGGUUUAGUUUUGAAUAAUUUUAAUAACAAUUUUCCAGCUUAUAUUUGAAGAAAAUGGAUGUUGUAAUAUAUUAUAAGAGUGAAGAAA